AUGGAUCUCGCCUACGCCAACGAACAGAUCUACGCGCCCUCCGACCGUGCCGCAACGCCCACCCCUCCCAAAGACACCGCCGAUGCGCCCACACCCAAACCCGAAGCCGAUUCUUCCUCGCCACGUCCAGACUUGUCCACUGAGCUCUCAGAGACAUUCAAGGCCUUCUCGAACUCGCCCUGGGGUGCCAAGUUGGGCGGCUUCUGGGGCAAUGUUCAGAAACAGAGCCAGAGCUACUACAGCGAAGCGGUCAAGGAAGUCGGGGACUUGCGGACGGAUGCGAUCAAAGGGCUCACCAACCUUCAAGAGAACCUCGCGAACAAGACACGGAGUCUAAGUAUCACUGAGAAGGAUGCUGCUGCUCAGACUACUGCUACCGACGCCGCACCGUCAGAGCCGUCUACUGGCGAGGCCGACAAACCCCCAACAACCGAAGGAGAAGACACGGAGACCUUCCUCGCACGCUUUCGCAUCGAAGCCGCCACGCGACUGAAACAAGUGCAAGCGGCCGAAGAGGCCGCAGACGAAGCCCUUCUACGCUUUGGCACCAACAUCCGCAACUUCCUGCGCGAUGCAGUGGCCGUCACAGCGCCCUCUGCUGACGACCAAUCAAGCGAGGUCCUCUUCGAGAGCAAGGACUCCGCCGGCAAACGCGUGAUCCACACCUCGCGCCUCGACGCACAAUUACACGCCAUUCACGCCAAUCCCAAGGGUUUCGAGGAAGAUCCCGAGGCAGGCGAGGAUGGGCAAUGGGGGAAGUGGAAGGCAGAUUUUGAUGUUGGGUCGAAGACGGACGCGAUCGCACAGGAUCUAGAGCGGUACCCCGAGUUGAGGUCUACAAUGGAGCAGCUCGUCCCGGAGAAGGUCGAGUACGGGGACUUUUGGAGGAGAUACUACUUCCUACGGCAUAUACUGGAGGUGCAGGAAGAGCGGAGGAGAGAGUUGUUGAAGGCGUCGGCGAAAGCAAACGAGAAUGAAGAAGUCGGCUGGGAUUCCGACGACGAAGACACGCCCUCCACAGCACCCGUAACGAAACCCACAUCCCUCACGAUCAACCCACCCGCCAACUCCUCAACCACAACCCUCACACAACCACUACCUCCACAAGCCACGCCCAAAGCAACAACGAGCACACUGCAGCCCGAGCCGCAAGCCCGCCGGUCGCACGACGAGAAAUCCGUUGCGGAUAGUGAGGCUAGCUAUGAUAUUGUGAGUGGUGCGGUGAGUCGGGUGGCGAGUAGUCCGAAGGAGAAGAAGGGGAAGGAGAGUGAUGAGGAGGACUGGGAAUGA